AAUUGUAGUAGAAUAGAACCACCCUCUUUCUUCAACCUAAAUCUCUCUCUCUCUCUCUCUCUCUCUCUCUCUCUCUCAUCAAAGAGAGAGUAUACAUUUUACUACUUCCAUUCUACUCUUUAGGAUUCUUCCUAAUGGCUCUCAUCACUAAUCCCUUGCCUGAACAAUCCCACCCCAAAAAACAACUCCCAAAACACAACCAUAAGAACCAACAACAAAAACAGGAACAAAAACAAAAGCAAAAACAAAAACCAAAACCAAAACCAAAACAAAAGCCACCAUCUUCAUGGGAUCAAAUCAAAAACAUCCUAACUUGCAAACAAAUCGAAGGUUCAAAAGUUCAUGAUCCCUCAAAACCAAAUAACAACAAUGGAUACUCAAAAUUGGGUUCUUCUUGUAGCUCAAUUUGUAGCUUCAGAGAUGUUGUUCAUGGAAACACUAGAGUUGUUCAUAGGUCUGAUAAUUCAUCACCAGAAAGUAGCAUCUUGGGUCAAGAAACAAGUUUGCUCAAAAGAAAACCUGUUACUGCUUCAUCAUCAUCUUCAUCAACUCGCUCCGCAUCAUGUUCUGGGAAAUCAUCCAACGGUGGUAGAAACUACACGUCAUCAUCUUCUUCUUCUAGAGGAAUGCAGUUCAGGAAGCUGUCUGGAUGUUAUGAAUGUCACAUGAUCGUUGACCCUAGCAGGCUACCAAUUCCUAGGAGCACAGUGUGUGCUUGUGAUCAAUGUGGAGAGGUCUUCCCUAAGAUUGAAAGCUUGGAGCUUCAUCAAGCUGUUCGUCAUGCUGUUUCGGAGCUGGGUCCAGAGGAUUCGGGUCGGAACAUAGUGGAAAUAAUCUUCAAGUCAAGUUGGUUGAAAAGGGAAUCUCCAAUGUGUAACAUCGAACGGAUAUUAAAAGUCCACAACACCCAACGCACAAUCCAACGGUUCGAAGAAUGCAGAGACUCCGUAAAGUCACGUGCAGCCUCCACCACCAAGAAAAACCCCCGCUGUGCCGCAGACGGCAAUGAACUUCUCCGAUUCCAUAGCACAACCUUAUCCUGCGCACUCGGUGCACGUGGUUCCUCCGCCUUAUGCGCCGCCGUACCAGGCUGCGGUGUCUGCACCAUUAUCCGGCACGGUUUUCAAAACAAAGGUGGAGUGAAGACCAAUGCUAGCAGUGGUAUGGCCCACGACAAUUCAGUUGGAAGGAUCGGAGAAGAUUCUAGAAGAGCGAUGCUUGUGUGCCGUGUUAUCGCCGGAAAAGUGAAGCGUGUGGCGGAGGAAGGAGCGGCGCCGGUGACAUUGGAGGAGGAGAAUGUGGCGUUUGAUUCAGUUGCGGGAAAUGCGGGAAUUUACUCGAAUCUCGAGGAUCUAACCGUUUUCAAUCCAAAGGCUAUUCUUCCUUGUUUCGUAGUUAUUUACAAGGUGCUUUCAUAGUUAAUUAAUUUCAUGCUGAAAUUUAACUAAAUACUUUGUGUUAUGAUUAUUGUCUUCUUGGAUUUGGAGUUAAUUAAGAUUAAUUAAGUUGAUAAAUUUGUAGUACCAUUUUCGUCCCCAAUCUUGAUACGCGAUCUAAUAUUUUACAUUAAUUAUUAAUUCAUCUAUUACAAGAAGAAUCUCGUUACCUAUAAAUAAUGUAGGGUAAUAAUUUUUUUGUUUGUAUUUUUUUGGAUUGAGAAUUAAUGUGAGGACGUGUUGUUAAGAUUGAGGACGAAAAUGGAAUAUAUUAUAUUCUUAUCAUUAGUUUGUUACUAGGAAAAUGUUGAAUCAAAGAUAUUUUCAACAA